CUCUAGGUGUGUUUAUAUUUAAUGAAAUAGAUCCAUAAAUCAUGUCUCGGUUUAAGAGAGGAGCUGCUGUGGACUCCAGAGCCGGAUUCAGACCGGAUCAGAAACCGGAAUGUUCGGUUCCAUCCGGACUGCUGAGGAGCGCCAGGAAGAGCGGCCAACUCAACCUGUGUAACCGCGGUCUCAGUCACGUUCCUCCGAGUGUGUGGAGGAUAAACGUGGACACUCCAGAAGAAGCUCGGCAGAAUGUGUCCUUCAGCUCAGACGAGCGAUGGUGGGAACAGACCGACCUCACCAAACUGCUCUUAUCAUCUAACAAACUCCAGAGCAUCUCAGAGGACAUCAAGCUUCUCCCCGCGCUGGUGGUUUUAGACAUUCAUGACAAUCAACUGACGUCCCUGCCGGCAUCCAUCGGUGAGCUGGAACAGCUGCAGAGACUCAUUCUCAGUCAUAAUAACCUGAGCGACCUGCCGUCUGAGAUUUGGAAGCUGACGAACCUGCAAUGUCUGCAUCUGCAACAGAACCAGCUGGAGAACCUACCUGAAGAUCUGGGGUACUUACGUCAUUUGGAGGAUUUUGACGUCUCCAACAACAAACUGACCUCAGUACCGAACAGCGUGUCGGAACUGAACAACCUGGUGAAACUGAACCUGUCCUUUAACAGCCUGACGAGCCUGCCUCCGUCCAUCAGCGGGAUGAAGAAUCUGAGGAUGCUGGACUGCUCCCGGAAUCAGUUGGAGAGCGUGCCGCCCGUGCUGGCACAGAUGGCAUCUCUCGAGCAGCUGUACUUGAGGCACAACAGACUGCGCGUCCUCCCCGAGCUGCCCUCCUGCAAAACGCUCAAGGAGCUUCACUGCGGUAACAAUCAGAUCGAGGUGCUGCAGCCGGAUCACCUGAAGCAUCUGAGCGCCCUGAGCGUCCUGGAGCUGAGAGACAACAAGGUGAAAGUUCUCCCGGAGGAGGUCGGCCUGCUGCAGGGUCUGGAGCGCCUGGAUCUCACCAACAACGACAUCAGCAGUAUACCCUGUGCACUCGGGGAGCUGCCCAAACUCAAGUCUCUGGCUCUGGAGGGGAACCCCCUGAGGUCCAUCCGCAAAGAACUUCUGACUAAAGGAACCAGUGAACUCCUGAAGUAUCUGAGGGGUCGAGCACCAGAGCAGCCGGACGGAAAAAACACAGAGGAGCCCAAAACGGCGAUGACCCUCCCGAGCCACGCCAAGGUCAACGUACACGCCAUCAAAACACUGAAGACUUUAGUUUACAGUGAGAAACAGGAGGCGUGUGUACCUGAUGACGUGUUCGACGCGGUCAGUGACGUUCCAGUCGCGAAUGUGAACUUCAGUAAGAACCAGCUCACUGCAGUACCACCCAGGAUCUUGGAGCUGAAGGACACUUUAUCAGAUCUCAAUCUUGGGAUGAAUAAAAUUCCCACAAUUCCCCUGGAGUUUUCUCACCUGCAGCAGCUUGUACACAUCGACCUCAGGAACAAUCUGUUGACGUCAUUGCCGAUGGAGUUGGAGGCUCUGACCAAGCUGCGGGGCGUCAUCCUGUCCUUCAAUAGAUGUAAGUCUUUCCCGGAUGUGCUGUACCGCAUCCCGACUCUGGAGACCAUCCUAAUCAGCAACAACCAAGUAGGAAGCAUCGACCCCGCCCAGCUGAAGCUUCUGGACAAGCUCUCCACUUUAGAUCUGCAGAACAACGACAUCAUGCAGGUGCCACCCGAACUGGGCAACUGUACCAGUCUGAGGGCUCUGUUGCUGGACGGAAACCCUUUCCGUAACCCGAGAGCCGCGAUCGUAGCUAGAGGGACGGACGCCAUCCUCGAGUACCUGCGAAGUCGAAUCCCGACGUGAACUACACCCAUCGUCUGGCUCCUCUACCCCAAAAAGACCAAAUUGAUGCACAAUCAGACCACGCCUCUAAAAAGUGCCUAAAUCUGCUGCACUUAACUCUGUUGAUUCGUUUUUUUUACUUCAUACUUGCUGACCAAUCUUACAAUAAAAUGACACUACAGUGAUAA